AUGGUGUCAUCUCCUUUUCCAUUCGCGUCUCAGUUUCCCACUGUUGCACCAUCUACUGCACCAUCCUUCACUCCAUCGAGCGUGCCAUUUCUAUGGACUACGCCCCCUAUCAUGCCACUGUCUGAUCCAUAUCACCCAUACCAUGUUGGCAAUAUAUUUGGCCUGGUCACUUUAAAGGGGAAAAAGUUCAUGGCACUAGAUGAAUCUGAGGUGGGUUGUGAUGGAUCGAAUUCAGAUGUUUUGAGCAUCACCGACAUGCCAUAUGAAAUUCUCAUUUUCAUACUCUCACUUUUGCCUAUAAAAGACGCCGUGGUCACCAGCAGUGUCACAAAAAAAUGGAGGUUUUUGUGGCAUGGUUUAACCCACUUGAACUUUGAUGCGAUGAAGAUUUUCUUCGACAAUACGUCGCUGUAUAGGUUAGAGCGAUCUAAGUUCAUCGAGCAGGUGAACAGUGUCAUCCGAAAUUACAACCACCCAGUGGUUCAUAGAUUCCGGAUUAAUUUAGGUAUUAGUGAUCUUAAUCAGAGAGUUAUUGAUGAAUGGCUCCAGUUUGCAGUAAACAAAAAGGUUGAGAUACUUGAACUGGAUUUAAACUAUGACUUCCCUUUAAUAUUACCCAAUUCUAGGUAUGUAGAGUUUGUGUCAUUAAAAAAACUUUACUUGAAUAAUGUUAAGCUGAGAGCCGGAGUUCUUGAGGAUUUAUUAACAAGGUCUCCACAAAUUGAGUCAAUAUCUAUCCAUGACUCGACAUACAUGACUCAUAUCCGUGUUGCUGGACGGCAUCUUAACCUAAACCACUUUGAAAUAGUGCACUGUCGUGAUCUUCAAUCCCUUUAUUUAUCUGAUUUUGACCUUGUAUCUUUCAUAUACAAGGGUCGACCGAUAGAUAUAUGUCUCACUAAUCUUCCAAAACUUAAAGAAGUUAAUCUUUCUCAAGCACUGCCCGGGUUAGACAAUAAGGUGUUCAAUCAGGUUUCUUCUUGUGCUUCGUCCCUGCAGGCUCUUUCCAUCACUUUCCGUCGUCCAGAGAAAUUAUUACCAAAUGUUGGUUCAAUGCCUCAGCUACCAAAUCUCAAAAAACUAAUGCUGACAACCGGAGCUUAUGAAGAUGAUUGUCUUCUAGAGUUUGCUUCCGUUGCCAAGGCAUUUCCAGUUUUAGAGACUUUUAUAUUUAAGCUACUUUGGUGUUCCCCAACCAAAAGGAGAAGGAAAGUAAGGCAUGUUGCUAACGAUCAUUGCCUUGAAAAUCUCAAGCUUUUCAAAAUUUUGGGGUAUUAUGGUCGAAUUAGCGAUCUUGAACUUGCUGCAUACGUGAUAGAACACGCGGUUGCACUCCAGAAAAUUGUGAUUGAUCCAGGUUUUCAGCAUGGGAUCAUUAUGAAUAAUAACAAGGACUGGUUUGGCGCGGAUGCUGCAAGAUCUUCUGCUAAGCGCCAGCUGAAAAGAAUCGUACCAAUGAAGUCUCCGGGUGUGAAGCUGGUCAUACUCUAA